UCUGUUGUGACGGAAUUUGUUUGUGAAACUGGCAACACUGCAAUAGAGAAAUAGUCAGUAGUGUUCUUUGGAAGAGAAGAGUUCGGGAGGCCGUUUCUUUGGUAGUGCGGAGUGAACACCAAAAUCAUUGAAGCUGCGAGCAUUAAGGCUGCUGUCAAUUUUUGUGUGUUUCUGCCAAAGGUGACUCUCCCCCUCCCCAACAAUCUUCAAUGAUUUUGUUCAAAUCGAACGCAGUACAACAUGGAGGCCACAAUUCAAAGGCUCGAACAGAUUGAGGAGCAAAGCAAGUUGUGGCAGAAGUAUUGCGAGGAGGAAAAGAGACGUAUCGAGGAUGAAUACAACCGUGGACUAGCUGAGGUCGAGAGGGCAUUUAGGGAAGGAAGCAGAAAAAUUAAGUUGGAAUUCCAAGCUAAAAGGGAAACUCUGAAAAGGCAAUACUGUGGUGAAGAUGCAUGCGAAAAAACGGAUGCGAAAUCUUCAUCGAAGUAUGUAUCAUCGCAGACGAUAUCUCCCGAGGAAGACAUUUCUCAUUUGCCGUCAUCAGCAUCCCAUCCGUGUCUACCAGACGUUCUUGCAGAGCAAAGCGUCAUAGAUGUAAAGCAAAUGGAGAGCGUACUACCGUUGACGUCAUCUGCAUCUCAUCAUCAAUAUAUGGUCAGUGAUCGUGACAGUGCGAUGACAACUGUAGAUCACCAGCAGUUAUACAAAUUUGAGGUGACCGAAGGCGCUUCAAUCGUGCAAAACAAUAUUCGAUGUCUAUUUUGCGAGAUGGGUUACAGUAGUGGGUUCUGCAAUGUGAAUAUGUUAACAGUAGCCGUUGCGUAUAUUUGCUUCGAUCCCGGUGGUGAACAUUCGCACAACGACUGUUUGUCUACCUACACUGUGGUGCACUCUUCCACGCAUCAGAUUGCUCGGGCGAGCGUAUUGUUCAAUAAACGAUCGCAAUUCCAUGUGAAUGCAAAAUUUGUUCAGACCCGUUACCAGUUUCACGGGUGGGGGUAUGUUGUGACGGAAUUUGUUUGUGAAACUGGCAACACUGCAAUAGAGAAAUAGUCAGUAGUGUUCUUUGGAAGAGAAGCGUUCGGGAGGCCGUUUUUUUGGUAGUGC